CGCAUCUUUGUGAAGUGAUGGACUCUUUCACUGUCCAUACAUUUAUGGAAUUCUGUCUUGCUUAUUUUUUUUAAAAUGUGAAGUUUUUGCCAAGAAUGAAAUAUGGCUGAAAUCUUUGGAUCUUCAGGAGGUUACAGUCCAUUACAAAACUGUAUUCCAGGUCAACCGGAAACGGAAUCGAAAAAAUUUAUUGAGAUUAUAAAACUUUUACCAGUACAGUUCUUCCCAGCAAAGGAAACCCCUUCUUGGGAAAAGGGUCUAAAAAUAACUUUUUAUAUCCCGCCGAUUUUGAUCAACCUUGUGGGAAACAGUUUGGUCAUUCUUAUUGUGGCCUUGAACAAGAAGAUGAGGACGACUACAAAUUUACUGAUUCUAAACCUCAGUGUGUCUGACAUUUUGGUGGCUUGUUUCUGUAUGUGGAUUCAUCUAGCUACUCAACUCCAAACCGGAUUGUAUUGGCCCUUUGGUGCAUUUAUGUGUAAAGUGACGUCUUUAAUUCAAGUGACUGCCUUGACUUCUAGUGUGUUGACGCUGACCAUCAUUUCCCUGGAGAGAUUUCAGGCUAUAGUAUUCCCCCUCCGCAGAAAGAUGUCCCACAGGGCGGCGAUGGUGGCUAUCUCCUGUUCGUGGAUUGUUUCAGUUGGGACAGCCUUUCCUUAUUUAUUGGUGAAGAAACAGAUCGAGAUGCAAUUCUCAGAUUUUUUACGAAUACAAUGCAAAGAAAAAUGGCCAUCAUACUACACUGAAUCGAGCGGGAAUGGAACAUGCGAGACAGAAGAACCGGGAAAGAAGCUGUAUUACACCUUGACCUUCAUCAUUAUGUACGUCAUACCUAUUUUGGUUAUGGGAAUUACCUACACUAUCAUCAGUAUCACCCUUGUCAACCGUAAAGGUCCAGGGGGCAAAGCAACAUCAUCUAUAGACAAAGCCAGGAAAAAGGUUAUCCGUAUGUUAAUCGUGGUCCUUGUUUCUUUUGUGAUCUGCUGGACCCCACAGUGGGCCUUCCUUAUCUACGACGCCUACUUUCCACCUGUAGCAGAUGAACAGAGACCUGAGUACAUCGUUGCUCUGAAGUACGCAGCUCUUUAUAUCGCCUACAGUAACAGUGCGCUCAAUCCAAUCAUGUAUGCAGGGUUCAAUGAGAAUUUCAGGCGUGGGUUUUUAGAUGUCUUCAGAUGCCGUAUUUGGAAGAAGAAAAACCGAAUACACUCAGAUAUGGGGAAUUCGACAGUUGGUCCGGGGUCCAUGAGGAACAGAGUCAUGACCUUGGGAGGUAAAUCAGCCGUGACCACAGUUCACACAACAAUGGAGGGGAAUUCCCAUGUUUAUGGAGCAUCCGACGAUUGACUGAUAACCCUUGUAUAUAGACACUCUAGCUGUUGUGUUUGUGUUUUUGUUCCAUAUAAUAAAUUUUGGAAGAAACUG